AUGCAGAACAUGGAUGAGCAUGAUUUAGCCGUUUCGGACGGAGGAUCGGGGGGGACUCCCAACAAGGGGAGCAGCCCAGAAAAGAAGGCCCCCCCAAAGGGGAAGACAAAGAAAGGAGUCGAGCGAAGGGGCCCUCCACCGCGUUCGCCGCAGCGGGGUAAAAACGGAGGUGCAGUCGAUCCGGAGGGUGGCCCGGUGAAUGGAGGGGACAUGAAUGGAGGCGAAGUGAAUAGAGGCGACGUGAAUGGAGGCGACGUGAGUGGUGCCAAUGAGAAAGGCACUGCAGUCGAGGCGCUGGCGGGUGGAGAGAGACCCGGCGAGGACAAUGCUAGUGAAGAGGCACCCCUCGAAGUGACAAGUGAAGAAAAACCGGUGGAAAGAAAACCGUCGGAAGAAACCCCCUUGGAGGACAAAUCGAUGGAAGAACCCCCCUCGGGGGAAACCCCCCCGGGGGAGGCGCCAAACCGAGGCAGCCUCGCGCCCAGGUCCGCCAAGUCUGACAGCACGAACACCGCGAGCAGCAACUUGAUAAAGAUAAGCCAAAAGAGCGAGGAGUGGGAGCAGCCAAAGAAGUGGAGCUUCUCCCUGCUCCUCACAAAUAUCAAAUCGAUGGUGCUGACCAACUACAUCUACGUAGCGAAGAGAUGCGGAAUCCCCAACCAGCCCAACAAACCCGGACCAGUCCUCGCCAUCAGCGUAGAAAAGGAGAGUUCAAACGAAGUGAAAAAUAUUAUCGUGCAAACCCCAUGUGCAUAUGAAAAAUACACACUAAAGGGAAAGCUAAUUCAACACAAAACACUCUACCCAUGUACAGUCACCUGUAUGAUGUAUGGGAGCAUCGGAGGAAUUGGCAAAACAGUUAUAUUGGGUCUUCAAAAUGGGUGCAUCUUAGUUUACAAGAGCAUCGAAUUUGAAUGCAUUCUCAAAUUAAAUACAAGGGAGUGCCUAGAAACGUAUUUUAAUAACUCCUCUUCUUCCACUGCUAGGAAGCCGUUUAACAAUUCACACGAGAAGAGUGGCUUCAUCGAUGCGUAUACUAAGACGAAUGCACAGAGGGACUCGGGGAAGUUCGCCACGCAGGGUGGCCAUUCGAAUGAGGGGGAAAACUACAACGACUUGUCUUAUCAAAUUUCGGGCCUCUCUGUGAAAUCUACCUUUGCCAACUUUAUCCACUGGAUCAUUGCUGGGAACAUGCAGGGGUACAUCUUCGUGUGGGAGGUGCCCAGUGGGAACCUCAUCAAGAUCCUCGUGCACCCGCACCACUUGUUCGGCCACGUCAAGGGGGGGGUCAGCAGUGAGAGCGGCGGUAGUGGUAGCAGCGGUAGCAGUGGUAGCAGCGAUGGACGCGGCGAUAGUGACGAUAGCAGCGGUGGCAGCAGUGACGAUCGCGAUGGACGCGGCGAUAGUGACGAUAGCAGCGGUGGCAGCAGUGACGAUCGCGUUCGCCGCGGCCGCACCGAUAACCGCCCGGGGAAGCGAAAAAAGAAAAAGAAAAAGAAAACAACCAUCCGAAGCGGUGGCAACGGUGGGGGGAACCAGCAAGGAGAUGCAGAUGAAGAUGCGGAAGAGGAGGAAGGUGGCUUCACCCUCGAAGACGACGACUCCGGCAGCAAGCCGGACAGUGAGGAAAACUCGAGCGAGUUCUCCGGCGGCAGCUACCUGAGCGACUCGGUGAGCGAAUCGGAGAGCGACUCAGUAAGCGACUCGGACGAGUAUGGCAACUCCACCGAUGAGGACAACUGCAACAGCGGGGGGCGCGCCACCGCCAUGGGAAUGUUACCUUCAAGGGGAAAAAAAAAAAAGAGAAAAAAAAAAAAAAAAAAAAAAAAAAAGGACAGAAAUGCGCCAAACAAAUGCUACGUAUCAGCCAUAUUAGCAGUCACGCAUAAGUACGAACUGUGGGUUGCCUUCGGAAGUGGCUACAUAGCAGUCUACGAUUUAUACGAUUUUCAGUUGCUGCUCUACACGUGCAUUUCGAGGAGCCCCAUCAUGGAUUUGAAGUAUUCGAAGCUCUUGGAGGACGUCUUUCUGCUAAUAGGCAACAAUUACAUUUCCGUGUGGGAUACCAAAACGCUCAAGCAAAUUAAAAAGGUCCCUACGAGCCAUUUUGCAAAAACGUCCUCCCUAUCUACGUUAUAUCUAUUGGAACGACCAAAUUUUUGGAAAAACAAAAAAGUCGUUCUGAUUGCAGGUUGCAAUGAUGGGUCCAUCUCCGUGACGAACGUUACAGAAAAGCUGGAUGGAGACUUGUCCUUUUCCUAUGUCCGGACGUAUGAGAAGCACUUCGAGCCGUAUGUCCCCAUCAGCUACAUUUGCAUCCACCCCAGUAUCAACGCGGCCUUCGUCGGGGACGCCAGUGGCGUCGUCUUCACGCUACCCAGAAUUCUGAACACGCUCAAGCACGACGAUGCGCAACGGUGA